UCCAGCCAGAAAUUCUCACAGACACACACGAGACACUCUCUGUUCUCUCUCUUUCCCUCUGAGAAGCUCUGGGUUUGCAAUUUUUUUUUUUUUUGCUAAUAUUCUGUACAUGACCACAACAUGUCCACAGCUUUGGAGUUUGGAAAGAAAAAAACAUUGGGAUUACGAGGCAAAUUAUUUCUUUCUACUUUGCUCUCUGCAAACACUUUUUAGCUCUCGUCUCUCUGAUCUCUGUCACUUUCCUAAGUUUCACUGACCAACAAUGCACCGACACUCAUUGCUUUUUCCUCGACCUGCUGGAGCUUCCAUUAAUGGCGGUUUCUUGCUUCUGCAUUUCCAAUAUUGACGCUGAACCAUCUGCAUCUAUGUGAACUUGGUUUGAAAUCGGAAGCUGAAAAAGAAUUGGGACAUUCCUUGCAAGUUUCUGCAGACACAAGACACUGAUAAUUGCAACCACCAUAGGAAUUCCCAGAGCACAUCAGGUCCAUGGAAUAUCAUUCAGAGUUUAAAAGCAAUAUGAGGGAUCAACAACCUUUAGGAACUUCUGGGAAGCCCUUACUGCCCCAAGCAAGCCAAAGUAUAAAGUUGCAAGACAGGUUAAAACCUGAACAGCCUAGACUGUCAUAUGCUGAUCUUCAUAAUGAAAUUACUGGGGAUGAAAAGGAUAUCCCUCCUAAAUCUUGUCAUAAUCUCCAAAAACAAUGGACUGAUAGGAAGGCAACCAAAGAAGAUGAACUUGUCAAAUACAUGUCAAAUUUACCAAGUUAUCUAGAGAGAGGAGAGAACCGACAGGAGAAAGUUUUAAAUGUUGGGGUCCUUGACUGGGGGCGCCUUGAAAAAUGGCGUUACAGUCAAAAACAGGUACCAGAUGAGAGUAGCCAGAAUUCGCCAUCUAGUAGUAUUACAUCAUCAUCAUUUUGGACGGAUGGAUCAUCUGCUCCUUCUAGCAGAGGUCAGAGUCGCUCUCCUGCUCAUCCAAGGACACGUCGUCCUUCACUGCAAUCUCAUCUAAUGGCAUCUUCCAUAGAAGGCCAUUCUCAAGAAGUCAAAUUAUUUGGAGGAAGUAUUGGAAAGUUUCAAGAUCUUAAACCUUCCCAGAGUAGCAUCUUGCUUGGGCAGGCAAAGGUCAUCAGAACAGAUCAGCCGUUCUGUAGUCCGGUAAUCAAGAAGGAAGAGUGCAGGAGAAAAGAUCCCGACCGAAAGAUUGAUCAAGAAAGUAGAGUUAUCCCAAAUGCCCCAAUUUGCACAAAGGAAAAGACAAAGAUUCAAGAUGGUGAAAUUAAGAAGAGAGUAGAGAAGCUGCGAGAACCAAAUCCAAAUAAUUUUGACCAAGAUGUCUUUGGAAAGCAUGAAACUGUUGUUCUCCUUUUGCCGAGAGAUCUCCCCCAAAAACAUCAUUCUGCAGUGUCCCAGUUUUCUGAAUUGACAACAUCGUUAGGUCGUAGAUCAAUGGAAGCAAGUCGAAAGAGCUUUUCACAGAGUUCUAAGGAGAAUUACCAUGCAGAGGUCCAUUCUGAUAUAUCACACUCAUGCCCACUGCCUGGUGAAGUUGACAGUGAACACUCUCUGCUAGGGCAGCCUGGCACUGUAGAUAAAAAGAGUGUCAACGUGUCAUCUGUUACAUCUCACCCAGUACCACGUUCAGCUAAAGUAGGAACCAGUCCAUCCAAAUCCAGAAAUUUAGGAGAGAAAAUAUCAACCUUAAUGCCCACCAAUACAACAAAUGAACCUUUGAAGGUGUUGGAUGUGAAAGUGAGCAACGUAGCAGAUGAAAAAGUGCGAAGCUCUUCACCUUUUCGCCGACUUAACAUUAGUUUGGGUAAGAUGAGCAAAAGUUCCAGCUCCAAAGAGGGUUUGGAUACACAUCGGUUAAACUCUAAAUGUGCUGUUGCUAAAUCUGGUUCAGAGAAAGCUGCAGCCUCUUCUUGCUUGGAUACUUCAAACACCGAUAAUCUCAAUACAAGCAGAGCCAGGUCCAGCCCUCUGAGAAGGUUACUUGACCCAUUACUGAAGCCAAAAGCAGCCAACUGCCAUCACUUUGUGGAUCCAGUUGAGAGGGAAUCAAUAACAACAGUUAGGGCUAGCAAAAAUUCCAGUGGACAAUUAGAUUCUUCAACUGUGCCUUCGGGGAAAUUAAAUUCAGAUACACCAGUCCAAGCUCUUUUGCAAGUUGCAAUUAAAAAUGGUCAGCCUCUGUUCAAAUUUGCUGUUGACAAUGACAGCAAUAUUCUUGCAGCCACAAUGAAGAAGUUAAAUACUACAAGAAAGGGUGAGUACAGCACAGUUUAUACAUUCUUUACCAUUCAAGUUAAGAAGAAGAAUGGAAGUUGGAUAAAUCAAGGAGGCAAAAGCAAAGGCAAAGGUCAGGAUUACAUUUCUAAUGUUGUUGCGCAAAUGAAGGUUUCUGAUUCUCAGUUUCCCAAUAUGAUUAGACAGCAUUGUAUGGAUCAAUUCAGCAUGAGAGAAUUUGUUUUGUUUUCCGUGGACCUGAGGCAGGCAGAUCAGCAAACCUUUGACUUUCAGCCAAAUGAUGAACUUGCAGCUGUUGUUGUCAAAUUUCCAAAAUGUAUCAAUAGAAGUGCCACCGGGGAUGGGUGCCAGAGCAAUCACUACAAUGAUUUGUUAGAGGUUGGUUCAAAAGAGCAGUUACCUGGAGUGGAAUGUUAUUCCAACACUGGGGAAAACGUUCAGAAGCUGCCUUCUGUCAGUAUGAAGAAUCUUGUCAAUGCAACAGUCAUACUUCCAAGUGCUGUGCAUAGUAUACCAAGUAAGGGAGGACCUUCAUCAUUGAUUGAACGGUGGAAAUCGGGUGGGUCAUGUGACUGUGGGGGUUGGGAUUUGGGUUGCAAACUCCGGAUUCUUGCCAACCAGAAUCAUAUCAGUAACAAAUUGGGUUCGUCCAAAGCUUGUUCGGUAACAGAUAAAUUUGAGCUUUUCUGUCAGGAAGGAGUUCAAGUCAAUCAGCCUUUCCUCAGUUUGUCUCAAUACAAGGAUGGGAUCUAUUCAGUUGAGUUCAGUUCUCCACUCUCAAUUUUACAAGCAUUCUCUAUUUGUAUAGCAGUUUUAGACAGUAAGAAAGCAUGUGAGCUUUCAGAAUCAAGUGACUUUUGAAGAAAAAAAAAAAACAUCUGAGGAAACCACAUCAAUGCAAAAAGUUGAAAUAAGGGGUCCCAAUUGAAAUUGAAGAAGUUCCUGCUAGAUAUGUCUCUUAUCCACCUCAUUUUCUAGUUGGGAAGGUCAAGAUUCACAUGCAGAAUCAUCUUGUAGUUACACACUUAUGGUUUAGGUAAAUAAUUUAUGUUGUUUUGGCCGGCAUCCCUUAAAACCUCUUAAGGGGUUUGUUUACUGAUGUGGAUCAAGGUAUGUCAUUGUUAUGUGCAGCCAAGGAAAAAGUUACAAAAUAUGUUACUUUGACUACAUAAGUAAUGGCAAAUGUAAUAGUAUAAGAGAAGCAAUCUUUAUCAAUUUUCAGUGUUCAUAUAAUGAGUGAAUGGUAUUUUACUUAUCCAGUUACACUUGAACCUUUAUAAACUUAUGAUUUGAUUAUUGCA